CUCACUUCUGACACCACAAUCUCCAGUGUCCUUGUUUUCUUCGCCAGCCUCUGCCCCACCGCCCCCACAAAUACUACUACCAGUAAUUAAUUUAACUAUAUUUACUGCAUCAUUUCUUCCUUCUCCGCCUGCUUGAACCACCUUCAUUGAUCUCUCAGAACAAGACUCCAGCUUUUCUUCUGGGGCUUCUUGUCAAUUUAUGCUCUCUGCCUCAGAGGAUUCAUCUGUUGAUUGACUUCAGCUUAUAUUUCGAUAGAGAUGGGUCCUUACCUUAUUGGAGUCAUUGUUCCCUUUGUACUAACUCUUCUUGUCCGGAAUUCAAAGAAUGGAAAAAAGCGGGGUGAGCCUACUGCUGUUGGUGGGGAACCCGGGUAUGCAGUCAGAAAUAAGCUUUUUACUUCCCCAAUGGAAUCAGCCUGGCAAGGCAUUUCCACACUUGCUGAGCUUUUUGAGCAUUCAUGCAAGAAGCACCACAAAAAGAGAUAUCUUGGAACUCGGAGAUUGAUAACUAGUGAAAUGGAAGCUUCCGGAGAUGGACGCUCAUUUGAGAAGCUUCAUUUGGGUGAAUAUGAAUGGUUGACCUAUGGCAAAGCAUUUGAAAUGGUCUGCAAUUUUGCUUCUGGUUUAGCCAAUCUUGGUCAUAAAAGAGAUGAGCGUGUUGCUAUAUUUGCCGAUACACGAGUAGAAUGGUUCAUUGCCUUGCAGGGUUGUUUCAGACGCAAUGUCACAGUAGUGACAAUAUAUGCAUCUCUGGGGCAGGAAGCUCUAUGUCACUCACUAAAUGAGACGGAAGUUACGACUGUGAUUUGUGGAAAGGGAGAAUUAAAGAAGCUUCUAGAUAUAAGUGGACAACUUCGCACUGUGAAACAUGUAAUAUGCAUGGAUGACAUCCCAUCUCAUCCCUCGCUGAAUCAGGCAAGCAGUAGUUGGACAAUCACAUCUUUCAAAGAUAUAGAGCAACUUGGCAAAGAGAAUCCAGUUGGCGCUGAUUUACCUGUUUCAGCUGAUACUGCUGUCAUAAUGUACACAAGUGGAAGUACUGGCUUGCCAAAGGGGGUAAUGAUGACCCAUGGCAAUAUUUUAGCUACAGUUUCUUCUGUCAUGACGAUUAUUCCCCGCCUCAGUGACAAGGAUGUUUAUUUAGCAUACUUACCCUUAGCACAUAUUCUUGAACUAGCAGCUGAGAACAUAGUUGUUGCUGUAGGAGCCUCACUAGGAUAUGGGUCCCCUUUGACAUUAACUGAUACAUCAAACAAGAUAAAAAGGGGAACAAAGGGGGACGCUUCUAUGUUGGGACCAACAAUUUUGGCAGCCGUACCUGCAAUUCUUGAUCGAGUGAGGGAUGGAGUGUGCAAAAAGGUUGAUGCAACAGGUGGGAUAUCGAAAAAAUUGUUUGAUUUGGCAUAUGCUCGUCGAUUAUCUGCAAUAAAUGGAAGUUGGUUUGGGGCAUGGGGUCUCGAAAGGCUUUUGUGGAACUUCUUAGUAUUCAGAAAAAUUCGGGCAAUCCUAGGUAGUCGUGUUCGUUUUCUGCUGUCUGGUGGUGCACCUCUUUCUGGAAAUACUCAAAGAUUCAUUAAUAUUUGUAUUGGUGCUCCAAUAGGUCAAGGUUAUGGUCUCACUGAAACUUGUGCGGGAGCAACGUUCACCGAGUAUGAUGAUACAUCUGUUGGUCGAGUUGGUCCUCCAAUUCCUUGCUCCGUUGUCAAGUUGAUAGAUUGGCCUGAGGGUGGCUAUUCAGCAAAUGAUUCUCCCAUGCCACGCGGGGAGAUAGUUGUUGGUGGGCCAAAUGUUACUCUUGGAUAUUUUAACAAUGACGAGAAGACAAAAGAAGUGUACAAGGUUGAUGAGAAAGGAAUGAGGUGGUUCUACACAGGUGACAUAGGGAGAUUUCAUGCUGAUGGUUGCCUUGAGAUAAUUGAUCGUAAGAAGGACAUAGUAAAACUACAGCAUGGAGAAUAUGUCUCUCUAGGAAAGGUUGAGGCUGCUUUGGUCGGCAGCGCUUACGUUGACAUUAUAGUGCUUCACGCUGAUUCUUUCUACAGUUAUUGUGUAGCUUUAGUGGUGGCUUCACAGUCUGCUUUAGAGGAUUGGGCACAGAAACAAGGUAUCACAUAUGCAGAUUUUUCUGAAUUGUGCCAAAAAGAAGAAGCUGUAAAGGAAGUGCUCGGUUCACUUGUGAAGGUGGGUAAAGCGGCACGUCUGGAGAAGUUUGAGAUCCCUACAAAGAUCAAGUUGCUCUCUGAACCUUGGACACCUGAUACUGGUCUAGUCACUGCAGCUCUCAAGAUCAAAAGGGAUGCAAUAAGGAAAGCGUUUUCAGAGGACCUUGCACAACUAUAUUCAUAACAAUGCAAAAAUAGUCUGAGAGAUUGUGGAAUCAUGUUUGCCCAUGUUCGAGCUGCUCUUUUUUAUUCUAAAUUUUUUCAAAAUUUCCUUGUCGUAGAUCUCUGUAUUUGUACUGUGAUUUUGCGUUUACUUUGUUAUUACUACUUUUCUGUCUCUGGAUUUUGGACAACUAAAUCAAGCUGAAACUAGGAAAUACUAGUGUUUAUCUUGCAA